AUGUCCGCCAUCAGAACCGUUCCUCGUGUAGCUCGCCCAGCCCUACGAUGUCAAGCUCGGCGAGGGUUCGCGCAGUCGGCGCGUCGUGCGCAAAACGCGAAGCCUGAGACGCCAGCUGGAGCCGGUGGCGCGUCAGGCGCAGUGACAGGAGGUCUAGUAGGCGGCGCUGUUGCUGUCGUGAUCGGGUAUACAUGGUACUCGCUCUCUGGCGCUAAGUCAGCCGUCGGCACAGUCUCGCAGACCAAGAAAUAUCUUGACGACACUCUGAAGAAGACGACUGAGAAAGCGCCUAAUCCUAACGAGGCUAUUCAGUGGCUCCGGCAAACAGCGAGCGGUUAUGCUGGUCUCAUUCCCGGUGCCCAGCAAUAUGUAGACUCAACAUUUGAUGAACUCGACCAGAUCUCCAAGGAGCACAAAGAUGAGGUCAACAAGAUCGUUCAAGGUUCUUACGAUGAGCUCAAGCAGAUCACCAAGGAAAAGGGUGCCAGUAUGGAAGGCCUAAUGAAGGCGUGGCAGGUACUUCAAUCCGCGGCCAAGCAAAUCGGCUCGCUUGCUGGCGACGUUGGCAAGGACGUUUUGAACCGACAUCCAGAAGUCCAGGACAAAUUCGGUGGUAAAUUCAACGAGCUCAAGCGCAUGGGCGAUCAGUACGGCCCCGAAGCCAAGAAGAAGGUAGAUGAAACAUGGAACCAGGUUCAAGAUGCUCUGAAGGGCGGCAUUGGCGUCGGCUCGCUCGACCAAGUUCGCAAGAUUAUCGAGGAAAAGAUUCAAGAUGUGCGUCAAAUUGGCGACCAAGCUUGGGAUAAAGGAAUGGAGCAGGCAAAGCCGUAUCUCGACAAGAGCCCGCAAGUCAAGGAGUUUGUCGAGAAGAACAAGGACAAGCUAAAGAACUCGAACCUCAACGAGCUGUGGGAUCAGGUUCAGCAAGCUGCUCAAAAGGGCGACACGGCCGACCUGGAGAAAUUUGCCAAGGAGAAGGCUGACCAGGCCAGCCAGCACUUUGGCGGAGGCAGUCUCGAGCAGUACUUCAAGAUGCUACCGAACAGUGGCGAGAUUGGGUCCAAAUUCCAGCAGCUGAAGGAAGUCGCCGACAAGCAUGGUGACAAAGCGCAGAAGCUGUUGCAGGAGACCUUCGAUGAAGUGAAGAAGGUCCUGGAGAAGAAGGUUGAUGAGGGCCAGAAGAUUGCCGAACAAGCCUCCAAAGAUGCGAAGUGA